UCUACUUCCGGGUGUGAAGCAUGUGUAUGACGUCACGACAAAAUGUGUAGGUCGUCUUGUUGCUGUGGAAGUAAACAAACGCAUACCGGUGUACACACGUCUUUUUACUUUCGACAUAAAUAUUUUGGGAUUUAGCAGUCAUAUUUUGAUUUAAGGAUGAAUUGACAAGUUUGUGGACCAAAGAUAACUGGUGUGUACUGAAGCUGACUAUCCACUAUGACACAUCGUAAUAGAGCGAAGAGCCCGUAUGAUUCCAUCCUUGAUGACGAUGAUGACUACAGUGAUGAUUUUGAUGAUGAUGCUACAGAUGUCGGAACUAAACGCUACAAAACAAAAUCUCCAUUGAAUAGAACAGCAUCAGGUCAUGAGGUUCGUCGUCCAAAAGAUUCCAGAAAUUCUGAUAGUAAUAUUUACAAUCGAUCAAAUCGUGGACGUGGUCGUGGAAAGGGACGUUUCAGUCAGCUUGGACGUAACAGUCAUGAUACCAGCCGUGUUGACAAUAUCACCAAACGUGUUCUCUCUGCGCGCAGACUCAAAAUUAACGAAAUACAAAACCAGAAUCAAGAACUUCUGCUACAGCUCAAAGAUCUCAAGGAUGAGAAUAAAUUGUUAAAGAAAACACAACAUCGGGCCGAUAAAGCCCUCCAAAAGUUUGAGGACAGGGAAAGUGACCUUCCUCAAUUAAUUCAAAGACAAAAUAAUGAAGUUAGGAGUUUAAAAGAUCAGAUAAGAAAAUGGCGGGAAAAAUAUGAAAAAACUGAUAGAUACCUCAGAGAUGCAGAAGACGAAUUAGAAAAAGCAAAAUCGAAACUUAAAAAAUUAAAAACAUUAGCAGAUGAAAAAGAUUUACCAGAAAGAUCAGAACUUAACAAAAAAUUGCAUAAUGCAGAGCUUGACAUGGAAGCAAAAGAUGUUAAAGUCAAGGAAUUAGAGAGACAUAUACAGAACUUGGAGAAGAAUCACCGGCAUCAACUUGGUAUAGAACGAGCGAGACACAAAGACACUCAACAACAGUUAACACAACUCAGGGAAGAAAAUGAAAAACUUAAUUCUACAGUUAAGGAAAAAGAUAAAGAGAUUCAGAUGAAGAAUAUUUAUGCAAAUCGUGCAGCCAAACCUCCCCAUCGUCUUCCUAACUCCUAUAAUGGUACGCCUCAUAACACUCCCCCUCCACGGAGAAGAAGACCAUCUUUGUCAGAGACUGACAAAAUGACACCGAGAGACAGAGCAAAACAAAUGGAGGACAAAAGACGUGAAGAAUUGAGACGGCAGCGUGAACUAAAACAGAGACGACUAUUUGUGGACUAUGAUGACAAACAAUCAGCUCAACAUGAGAAAAUGAAGAGAGAGAAGGAGCUACGCAAAAUGAAGGAGGAAGAUGAGCGUCGUGAAGAAGAAAUGCGGGAAAUGCAAGAAACGGAACGAAGAGAAUAUGAAGAACGGGAAAGAGAAAUGAAUGCUCAGGCAGAACGCGAGGCUGAGGAUCGCAGAAUGAGAGAAGAAAGAGACAGAAUGAAACGUGAUGCAGAGGAACGAAAACAGAGGGAGAGGGAGAAAGCAGAACGUGAAGAUAGAGAAAGGAUGAAGAAGGAAAAACGAGAAAGAGAGGAAAGAGAGCGACGUGAACGUGAGAGGCAAGAGCAAGAAAGACGGGCAGCAGAGGAACGUAAACGAAUGGAGGAGGAACGAAAACGAUUUGAAGAUGAUGUUUCUAUACAGGCAGAGAGAAAGAAAAAGGAUGAAAUAUUACAGAAAUUACGUGAAAUUGAUGAAGGUGGUCAAGGUCAGAAGAAAGAUAAAAAGAAAGAUCCUUUCAGUAAUGACGGCUUCUUUGUUACCGAGCAUAAGGAAGAUAGUCAGGACUCAAUGGCAAGUAGUAAAAAGAGUUACACUUUCUCAAAACCUAUAGAAAACUUGCAUAAAGGUAAACCGGCAAGAAAGGAUGAUAAUGCUAAUGUACUUUUUGGUGUAAAUAAAAGUCAAAGUACGAAUGUGGGUCGUCGAAGGGACACUGAUAGUAUUGAAACUGGUGGAUAUAACCCAACGUUUGCCCAAAGACGUCCUGUUGCAAACUCUACUUCUACAUCAAAAACAUUUUCUUUAUUUGAUGAUGACGACUCGAAGACUACAAGCACAGUUCCAGCGAAACCAGCGCAAAAAUCUAAAUUAAUGGCAGAAUUAUUUGGUUCUAAAGACAAUGAUGGUCCUAAACAUAAUGACAUAUUUUCAAGUUCAAAACCUCCAGCAAAGAAAAGUAAUCAGUCACAUAGUACAUUACCAUGGGAGGACGAUGGAAUUUCAAAUCGCAAACAGUCUGGUUCAUUGUUUAAAACAAAUCGUGAGAACUCAGCUACAUUAUUUGGAGGCGGAAGUGCAUUUGUGAAUGACGAGGAUUUACGUAAGUCUCAAGUUCAUUCAAAUGCCUCAUUACCACGGAGACCAAAGCAACCGACUACCACUUUUCAUACACGACCAACAGUAAAUGCUAUUGACAAUUUUGAUGAUGAUAUUGAGGAGGUGAUUUUGUAACAGUCUUUCUGAUUGGUUGAAAAGUGUUGAGAUGUCAAAUUUUUGUGAAAUUCAAUAAAUGUUAGUGAUUUUUACAAACUGUCUGUGAUAUGUUUAAACAGUUAUAUGUCAUAUUAUGUGUAUACUCGAAUCAUGAUCAUAAGAUAUAGUUAAUGUUACAUACUGUAUAUUUAUUGACAUAAAUUAUUCAUAUAGUUUUAAGUGCUUUAUACUUUUAGUUCAACUUAAACGCAAUCUUAAAUAGAAACUUUAUUUAUCCUUCUUGUAGUAAGGCAAUAUAAAGUGACCUUUUUCUUACAAGUAAAUUUUAGCUUCAGAUUAUUAUUUUAUAAACAAAAUAUUACAGAGGUUUAUCUCUACAAUUACUCCGUCCAAAUUUUCAUGGUUAGCUAUUUAUUUAUAUUACUGGUAUAUUAUAAUUAUUUAAUUCCAAAUGUCACAAAUCAUUGAGAACUGUUUAGAAAACAAACAAGAAUUUGUGUAAGCUUUUUUAUAAAUAUUUUGUUGCCUUUAUUUUGUUUUGGUUGUUAAAUUUAGUCCAGUGCCAUGUAAGAAUCUAGUAAAGCACAUUUUACAUUUCAUUGUUGUUUUACAGGUGACCUAUUGUAACAAUAACUCUUGAUUUAUAAAGUUAUAUUUAUAGUAUGUAUUUGAAAAGAUUUUAAAAGCAUUUUUAAUCAUAACACUUUUUUCUUAACAGAUUUUUAGCUCGACUAUACGAAGUAUAUGGAGAGCUAUCCUACUCGCCCCGGCGUCGGCGUCGGCGUCGGCGUCCGCGUCCGCGUCCAGAUUUUAGAUUAAAGUUUUGGUGCAGUAAAAUAUUUUUCACUAUAACUUUGUCAUUUCUUAAGGUAUCAACUUCAAACUUCAAAUAUAUGUUCCUUAUCAUCAACCACAUCUUAUGUGACAAGGUUCAUAACUCUAGCACCAAUAUUUUCAGAUUUAUCUCCCCUUGAACUUAGAAUUUUCCUUAAAAAAUACUAUUUUUUACUGAUACUUCUUUAUUUCUUAAGGGAUCAACCUCAUACUUCAAAUAUAUGUACCUUAUCAUCAUUCCCAUCUUAUGUGACAAGGUUCAUAACUCCAGCACCAAUAUUUUCAGAUUUAUCUCCCCUUGAACUUAGAAUUUUCCUCAAAAAAUAUUAUUUCUUACGGUUUCUUCUUUAUUUCUUAAGGGAUCAACUUCAUACUUCAAAUAUAUUUACGUUAUCAUCAUCCCCAUCUUAUAUGACAAGGUUCAUAACUCUAGCACCAAUAUUUACAGAUUUAUCUCCCUUUGAACUUAGAAUUUUCCAUACAAAAUAUUAUUUUUACUGUAACUUAUUUAUUUCUAAAGGGAUCAACUUCAUACUUCAAAUAUAUUUACGUUAUCAUCAUCCACAUCUUAUGUGACAAGGUUCAUAACUCUAGCACCAAUAUUGCAAGAAUUAUCUCCCCAUAAACUUAGAUUUAUUUACUAGAAAAAUGUUAUUUUUUAUUUUAACCUAUUUAUUUUAAAAGGUAUCUACCUCAAACUACAAACACUUAUUCCUUAUCAUCAAUUACAUUUUAUGUGACAAUGUUCAUAACUCUUGAAGCAAUAUUUACAGAUUUAUCUCUCUUUGAACUUAGGAUUUUCUUUAAGAAAUAUAAUAACUUCUUUAUUUUUUAAGGUAUCUACUUCAAACUUCAAAUAUAUAUUUCUUAUCAUUACACAAAUGUUGUGUGGCAAGGUCCAUAACUCUAGCAUGACUAUUUCUAGAAUUAUUCCCCUUGAUCUUGGAAUUUAUGUUAACAAAUGUUAUUUUUUUACUAUAACUUAAUACAUAAUUAUACAUAAUUGAUUUUUCUUUCAUAGUUUUGUCCUCCUUACUGCGUCCAGUAUUUUAUUAGUCGAGCUUUGCUGUCUCCUGUGACAGCUCUUGUUUAUCUACUGAGUUAAAGCAGUAGAUCUCCUUUAAUCUCAGCCUUGUGAUUGGUUUAUUUUAGAGAUUAUAUUUGAAAUCAGCCAAUGGUAAAGCUCCAUUUUUGAGACUGGUCCCCUUUUUGUAUAUUGAAGGAAUUUACCAGGAGUCAGUGCAGUGGUAUUCAGUGGGUUGUCUGUAAAACAUGAUGAUGUUGCACUUUUUAUGUUUUUAUUGAAUUUUACUUUAAAGAGAUCUACGAGAUAUUUGUAUACAAGCUGACAUGCCAAAGUUUUAAUUUUCAUUUGCCAAUUUGUUUUAUCUUUAACACAUUUUUUUUAUUAAUUUACCUGCAUGUGAAUGCAAUGUGAUCUUUUUGUUAAUUUAAUUUCAGUUGUUAAAAUCUUAUUACAUGUUAUAUAUUAUGAAAAAAUAUCUUUAAUUCUAUUUUGACAUCAGCUAGUAUUAAACAAGUGGCUUUAGUUAUAGCAAAGUAUAGAGAAUAUGUGUUUGUUUUGAUUGAAUAUGAAAUAUAUCUCGCUACAUUGUGAUACAUUCAUAAUAUUUCCACAGAAUAUGAACAAAAUCACAUUUAUGUUUCAAAUGUUACAUCUUUUAGAAAAAUGAACAAGCUUUCAGGACUGAAAAAAUACUAGCGAAAAUAAUUAAGUUUUACUAAGAUACAGUAAAAGUCUAGAUAUACAUGUUUAUCUCACUGAUAGAAGACUGUAUACUUUAUAUCAUUAUUCAUUUAUUUAUUUAGUUAUUUAUAAAUAAAUAUAGAUCUUUACAUCAAUAGAAAUGAUCAAACAAUCAUGUAACUAUUUAUAAUAAAUGUUUCUUGAUUGAACAAAUUCUAAUAUAGGUCAUUUAUGGCAUAAUAUAAUGUUAAGAUUUACAUUUGUACUUUUUUGUAAUAGAUAGAGGGUUUUUAUUAAACCCUGUAUCAGUAAAUGUAUAUGAUGUAUAAAAAAAUGACUAUCAUGGUUUUUAGAAUAAUCUGGAAAACUUCAGUAAGGAUAAUUGUUAUUUUGUUGGUUUUUUUUGUUUCUCAGUAAAAAUAUGUUGAAAUAGUCGAUAUUUCGAAUUACAAUUUGAUAAACAUACACAUCUUUCAUAUAUUUUCCACUUCACACACUGCUGUAAUAAUGUUUAACUUACAGUACUACAAAAAUGAAUUCUAAAUUUAUCUACUUUUUCUCUUUAUGGGUAAUUAUAAUACUGCAUGUUUCAGUUUGUAGCAUCAAUUUUCAUCGGAUAAUAAUGAUAAUCAGCUACCAGCUGAUGCAAAUUUAUGUACAAUUUUCUAUUGUAAUGAUAGAAACAAAUUAUGCAGUAUUAUAAAUUGGUUUGAAAGAUCUUUAAUAGGCUAUUUGGCCAAAUAUAAAUGACUGUUUGCAAUAUAACCCCCUCUUAGCUACUCUCGUUAUUUAAGUUUGCAACAGCACUGUUAUAUUGAUCCUUAUUACCAGUAAAGUGAAGUGCCUUUUACCAAAUUAUUCAAAGAGAGAUCAUUAUAUAAGACUAAGACAACAAAAUUAGCUCUGCCAUUAACAUUAAUAGAAAGAGAUAUAAUGACAGGGAUAUUGUAAAUGGUACAAUGCCUCAAUUAAUACACUGUAUUAUUUUGAUUCUAUAUCUCAGGGUUUUUUUUAUUUCGAUUUCAGAUGAGAUAUACUAUCAAUUUCUUUGUACCAUUAGCACUUAUAUACAUUGUAUACAAUCACUCUAAUAGAAAGUCUGGAUGUAAGGUUUCUGACUCAACAUGUAACAAUAUGUUUAAAUUGUUGAUUUAACACCCUUGAGUGAUUCUUAUCAUGCAAGUUUAAAAUUGGGAUCUAAGAAUUCCUUUUAGAUGUUUCUUUAGGUAAAUUCACUAAAUUUUUCUCCUGCCACACUAACCCUUAAUCUGCUAAAUUUUGUUUUACAUUUGAGUUUUGAACAGUCCAUUUGAAGCUCAAAGGAUUUCAGUAUAGAAGAGCUGAAAAUGCAAAAAUUUAGCCACCAACAAUAUAGGGCCUGGUCAGACUUGACAAAAGUAUGCAGCCUGGCCUGGAUCUGUACUGGUGGUAAAGGCUAAUUACUUUCAGUUAUAGCAGGUUAAGGGCUUAAGGGGAAUUUUUUUCAAGAAAUGAAUUGUUGAUCAACCUGAUGUUAUUAUAUGACAGUUUAUGAUACAGACCAUUUAAAUUAUAUGUAUGGUCAUUCUUAAAUUAUUCGUGUUGUUUGAAUGUAAAGCAGUAUAGUUAUAUGUUAUUUAUUCACAAAAUUGAUUUUCCUGUAAGAGAAGAAAAAUGCAUUUAUUUCAUAAAGCGUCAUAAAUAUUCAAGUCCAUAAUUCCUGUAAUAUUUGCUUGUCUCAUACAAGUUUUGUAAUCUUAAUUCAUGCAAAGAUUUAAGCCAGUCAGCUUGUUUCAUGUUACCUUUCCUCAGAAGAGUACUUUAUAUACCUGUUUAAUUUGCUUCAUCUUGGAAGAAUGUCAAUAACUUUGUAUCUUCUUAGAGGUAAAUUAACUAUAAAUUGAUGUGUUUUAUUUGCUGUUUAUUGGAAUUAGAAUAAAUUGAACAAUACUUAAUUGAUAUUAAGUGUAGAAAGGUCAGUUACCAAUUAAAUCUCUCAGAAUAGUCCUGUUUUUGUAUUUUGUUCAAAUUUGCAUAUUAUAUUAUACAAUUAAUGAAAGCUUUACAAUAUUACCUUGUAUCAGUAGGCAUUUAAAAAAAAUUAAAUUGUAAGGAAAGUAAAAAAUUUUGUAAGAUUUGAUGAAUUUUCACAUCACACAUUGUUUUUUUUUGUUUUUCUAGAUCUCAUCCACUAGAAAUAGAUAGACAUAAUGUAUAAAUAAAAUACAAUUAAUUUAUAUA